GUUAAUUAAUAAUUAGUCGAAUUAAAUUUUCCUAAUUAAAUUUUCAUCGCUAUAAGAUAGCAAAUCCGAUCACAAUUCAGGGUUUCCAAUGCCCUUCGAAUUUAUCUUCUACCUGCGUAUUCUUCUAGGCUUCAGGCAGUUAAUUCCAACGGAUUUAAUUGCUCUGCCGGUUCGUGAUCGAAAUUUAAUUUCAGUUUUUUGUAAUGCUAGAUUUUGGGUCUGGGUUGGAAUGAUAGUUGUUCUUGAUCUGAUUGAAUUGGGGGUGAGGGAAAAGCCCUAAAUUGUUCUAUGUUAUGGAUUUGGAAAAUGAAUCUGUGGAAGAUGAUGUAGUAAACCCACAAGCAGUUUCCGAUUUUGCUGCUGCUGAUGGCGAUGACGGUAGUAGUAAUUCGAUUAGGAACAACGGGUCAUGUGGUAAUGAGAUUGGCAAUGUAGCAGAUAGUAGAGAUAAUGAUGGUGGCACUGAACAGGCAGUGAAUUCGAGUCCUCCGGCAGCCAAAUCUCCCGUUGGGGGGUCACCUCCAACCGUCAAAGGGCGCGGCUUAAGAAAGUGGAAAAGAAUUAAGAGAAAUUUUGCCAAGGACGAUAAUGACAAUGCAGUUGAUGAUUCUAGUAAAGUUUUGAAGCGGGGUUUGUCCGGUAAUGGAAACCCAGUUAAGCCAAAGAAUUCGCCCAUUGAGAUCAGGCAUAAUAAUAGUGAUGUUUCUGUUGGAUCCGUGAAUAGGUUGAGAAAUGUGGGAGUUGCUGAUAGCUUUGCCAUUCCUGGUUCAAGUUCGGAUUCUAGGUUUGCUGUGGGUUCUGCAUUUGCUGCUGCCGCAGAUUCUGACAACAGUGAGGAUCGGAGUAGCAAGUCUUCAACAGCUGCCAGUGUUCCAAAGGCCAAGUUUGAGCUCCCUGCAGCAUUUGGGCAUGCGUGGGAUAAGAACAAGAUGAAGAGUACUAGCAGGAGGAGUGUGAGCAAUUCAGCUCAAAAAGCUCAACAGGGAAAGACACGAGCUGAAAGUAGUAAGAAGCAUAGAGGAGACAGGGGCACAGUUGAGAAGGAAAACUCUUAUUCCAGCAUGGAAUCUGACUCAAGAAGCUCCAACUUUUUCUUUAUGCAGAGUCCAAUUUUGACUAGUAACAGGAAGCAAAGUGGAAGAUCAAUGAGUCAUGAUGGAGAAGACAGUGAUGAAGUUCAUGCAAGUGAACCACAAUACAGUGAAGAAGCUCAAACUGGUUAUAGCAAAGAGAAUUUGGGAGAUGUUGAAGAUUUUUCUCAGGGUGACUUUCCGACGGACUUGCCGUGGAUGGCUAAGGGAGGAAAGAAUAAGGAUCAUAGGUCCUUGACAGAUCAAGAUCCACUGGUUGAGGCUAUCCGUAAUCUCCAGUCUGUACAAGAAGCACUGGCUAAAGAGGUUCAGAAAUUUGGGGAGAUUGGGAAGGAAACUUUGUCAGCGGAUUCUAUUGGUGGUAGUAUACCUGCCAAUAUCUAUUCAAGUGAUCCGGGAAUCAAUGAAUCUAACUUAUCUGACCAUUUGGGUUCUGAUAAGAUUGGACAAAGUUCUUCAAAGUCCUUGGAAUCUCAGGUCUUGAGUUUGAAACAAAAUGUGAAGCUUUUGGAAAGCAAGCUGGACGAGACGAGAGCUAUACUGGAGGUGAAAGAAUCCAGGGUUGCUGAACUUGAAGAUAUGAUUAACGUUAGCAAGUCUGCAAAAGAAGAUUCAGGUAGUACCGUAGGUUUAGAGGAAGAAAAAAGUCGAGAGCUAGAGACUGAACUUGAUGGCGUGUUUAGGCAAGUGAUUGAAGCUCAGGUUGAGUUCAUUGCUAUUAAAAGUUCCACACAGAGGUUGAAGUUUGCUGCAGGUGGCCAAAUCGCACUGCUUGAUGAGCAAGAAGCAGUAGCCGGAGAACAAGCACAGAUGCUGAACAAGCUUGGAGAAGUAGAAAUUAGGGCCGCAAAGCUAAAGGAACGAACAAUGGAGUUGGGAAAAUUAUCCGGAGAUAUUUUAGAGACCGAAGAGGUUUUCACCAUCCAGAAGAGGUUUUGUAAGAUUACUUCUUGUCUUUUUAUUCAGUUAAUAUUGCUGGGCUUGGCGAUCUUGUUUUUCACUCGCAGUCAUCCCAUCAAGGGGUGGCUGUACCCACCUGAGCACGAGAGUAGCAACGCCAUGUUGUUUUUGUGUAUUCUCAACCUCCUUAGGCAAAUACUGGAAGGUUAAAUUUGAUCUUUUAUCGUGUAGAACCCUUUUCUUCCUCAUUUGUUUUUCUGUUUCCGUUUUUAUGCAACAGUGUUGUAAUUUUUGCUUUCAUAGGAACAAAAGCAUCUCAAAACGAUUGCUUAUAUAUAAGUGCUUAUAGCGUAUUGUACAUUCCGUAACUGUAAUUUUCGCGUUGUCAAUUUUGUUUGGUGGAU